AUGCCACCGGAGCCAGCCACCCAAGGUGGCACUUUUAUUCACGAGCUCAUUGGUCUCUCACCCAGUGGCUUCCGCGAGACGGUCCGGAACUCAUUCUCUUCCUUGACUAGGCGGGAAGAAUACGGUACCAAUGUGACUCCCGCACCACCGCCCGACGCCGGCGUGGUUGCCGAAGUGAGGACCGGUCACCCCCAUGCGGGCCAGACCCGGCUACCACCACCACCAUCACCACCUCCGGCGCCUGAGCCGUGCCCCCGCCAUCUUCUCAAUUUGCCGCACGAGAUCUGGCUCAUGAUCCUGGAGCGUCUCGCCUUCGCCGACAUCGUGCGCCUGCGCAGGACAUGCAAGCGGCUCCGCACCUUGGCCGACCCCAAGCAGAUACGCGAUCUCUUGGGCCCAGUUAAGCUGCACGCCCAGCUUCUCAGCCACUGCAAGGUCUGCCUGCUGUACGAUCCCUUUCGCUCUCACCUUUUGCGGUCAACCCGUGCGGACCCCGGGUAUCCCCUGGCCAGCCGUUGCAUCACCUGCGCCAUGAAGGCCCGCGAUCCCCGCGUCCGCGUGGGCAAGAUGAUCGACUUGGCCAAUCUCGACACCGCCCGGGUGUGCCGCUGGUGCGGCACACCCAUCAUCGAUGGGGGCGCCUUUGGAUGCGCCGAGAUGCAUCGAUUUUGCUACAAGCGAUACAAUGAUGUUCUCUUCGUCUUCUUCUGGAUCGGCUGGACCCAGCUCGGAUUGGGAAUUGUUGCUGCCGCUCUUGCGUGGAGGUAUUACCGGCACGCCAUCUUGGUGUUUGCGCCCACCGUGGCCAGCUUUAUUAUAUUGUGGAUUCCCUUAGCCCUGCUCGCUUGCUCCCACACGUGGGGGAAAUACCACUACAUGUUGGGCUUCGAGCUGGUCAUUCUGGGACUCUGGGUUCCCCCCAUCUACUACGUUGCUUCCGAGAUAGCGACUGCGAGCGGCGGUCCAAUCCCAAGCAGCACGCAGGCCAGCCUUGCCAUGUUUGCCCUGAAUAUGGCUUUCCGGCUCAUGAACGUUGUCGGGAAUCUCGUGAUUUUCCUCGCUUUCGAUACAACUAAAAGGAACUGGUCCGACAUCCCGGUUUGGAAGCGUUUGUUCCACUAUCUGGCAACCGCCUUCGUCAUGUGGACUUGCCCUCAGUCGUUGGAGCAGAUGUUCCCGCCAAACGGAGACUCGGUUCUGAUGUGA